AUGGAGCCCGGGCCGUGGGGCGUGUGCGAGGAGACGGCGAUACUGCAGGGCGGCUUCCUGCUGGCCGCCCGCCUGAUCCAGCCGCGGCCAUUGCGGGAGCUGCUCAAAGCCGAGUGGCCACGCGUGGGACCCCCAAUCACCGACGCCCUGCGGGAGAUCGGCGCCCGCUGCCCUUCGCCGCUGCAGCACAGCCUCUGGAAGAAGGAGGCCGUGGCCAUCGUCUGGGCUAAAGUCCUGCUGCCCGCCCCGCCGGCCCCCUCGCUGGAGUUGGAAUGGCAGGAGGACGGCUUCUUCUCCGUGGGCAGGAUGAUCCCCGAUGUCAACCGCACUGUCCUCUUCGAGCUGGUUAAGGCCCUCGGCGGAUCCCGGCUCUUCGUGCAGCUGCUGCUGGCGCUGCCCCAGGAUGUACGCCAUAGCGAGCUGCAGCACCUGGUGGAGUACAUCGCCAGCGAGACGUCCUCAUCAGACAUCAGCUUCUUCUUGGACGUGUGGUGGGAGGUGAUGAAACACAAGGAGGGACAGGAAGAUGCAACGGUCUCUGCGUUCAGUACUCUCAUGUGUCAACAUGGCUGUGAGACCUCUCUGGAUGAUGGUCUCCAGCCCCCAAAGAGGUUCAAGGGUGACCCUGGCUCUCUGAAUGACUCUCCUGCUGCUACCAGCCUGUUCAUGGUCCUGAUAGAGGGUUUGAAGCAAACCUACAGGAGCAUCACCCUGCCCCGCAUGAAGUGCUAUGCCUUGGCCAAUCUGGUGGAGCUUCUCUCUAUGUUCACUGAGCUGGAGGCAAAGGUUGUCCCCCUCCCAGUCACAGAGUACCUGGCCAAGAUCAGCUCUGUGGUCAGCCUCUGGAUCAGUGACACUGAAAGCCAGUUCCAUCAGAGUGGGCUAGAUGAGAAGGUGAAGGAAGCAGAGAGAAGCAUGAGCCUCUUGUCUGUGGCCAAGCUCUCUCAUGAGGAGCUCUUUGUUGGCUUGGGUUUUCUCUGCAGCUUGUUGCAUGCUUGGGGAGAGGAGUUGCAGGGCACCUUGAACAGCUCUGAGGGGCUCUGCUACGAGAGCUACCGGCUCCUGGACUCUCUUACCACCUUUGGGAAGAACCUGAUUUCCUUCUCAGAAACUAGAGACCUGGGUGAGGAUGAGGCGCACACAGUGUUAGAGCUGACACAGGUCACCAAGGACUUUCUCAAGGAGAUCAGCACCAGUCUGAAGGGCAAAAAUUUGGACACCAGCCUUGUGCUUUCAGUUGCUGUGACAAUCAUUGAGCAAAAGCUGGACCGGCAUGUGGAGGUGUGCUCCAUUUUUGCUUCUGACAAGACCUGGGCCUUUUCAAAGGACUGGGUUGACUGCCUUGUGAAAAACAAAGGUCUCUUCCAGAAACCAGAGCUAGUUCUGAAAUUGCUGGAGACACUGGUGAACUUUGCUAUGUCCCACCAAGACAAGGAGGCCCGAGAGCUGCAGAUGAAAGUGACCAAAGCCAUUGUGGAGUGUUACACUGAGCUUUCAUUAACUGACAAAAACAAAGUGAUCUCAGGUGUUCUGACAUCCUGGGGUGGACCAGGUCUGUCCCUGAGCUUGCAGGUUGUCAUGGAGGGGUUCCAGGAGGACCUGAAUGUGACUUUCAACCAGAUCACAAAGAGCGUGUCUGAUGAAGGCCUGACCAGGGCUGUGGCUUCUGUGGCCAGGCUCGUGCUGCUGUAUCCCGAGGCCACAGUGAAGCAGGUUUGCAAUCUUGCUGUCAUCAACCUAGGAGCACACCAGUUCCUUGCACAAAUCCUCUGCUCCUUCCCAGCACUGAGCUUUUUGGAGACCUGUGAUGAUCCAAACAGGCCACACAGCCUGGUGGUGAAGUGUCUGGAAGAAGCAAUAUGGGGGAGGCUUUCCUCUGUGAGGGAAGAGGAGCAGUUCCUUGAGUUCUUGGCCUUUCUCAUGCAGCCAAGCUCAGCCACGCCACUUGUGUCACCUGCAGAGGUGACCAAAGCCUUUGUCCUUCCCUAUUUGAAGUCAAACUCUGCUCAAACUGACCUGAGCCUCCAGAUCCUCAAUAAGGUUUUGGGGAUACAGCACUGUUCUGAAGAGCACUGGAUCAAGUCCUGUCACCCAUUCCCACUUCUCCUCAGCCUCUGCAAGCUUCUAGAUGGUUACACAAAGUACUGGCAUCAGCCCAGGGACCAGCUCUUCCCUUCACUGGAGACCAAAGACCUGAUACUGAACAUCCUCUGCCAGUUCUGUGAGGUGGUAAGGCCAGAAACCAUCCCCUCCCCUGAGCUGUGGGUGCAGUCGCUGGCUUGGCUGCACAGGAAGGUGGCAUCACUGGACUGGACCAUCGGUCUCCGGCUGAAGAAGCUUUAUGGAGACCACUUCAAGAAUGAGGUCCCGGCAACGCUGUUUGAGAUCUGCACACUUCCUGAGGAUGAGUGGACAUCCCAGCCUUUGCCAGCCUAUGGACCGGGCAGCGGGCUCCUGGCAUGGAUGGAGUGCUGCUGUGUGUCCGUGGCUCUUAGGGACACUAUGCUGACGCUCCUCAAAGUCAAUGUGGACAACCCCGAAGAAGUGAAUCUCUUCAGCAAAGGGUUCCUGGUGGCCCUCAUACAGGUCCUUCCUUGGUGCAGCCACAGUGAGUGGAAGAGGCUCAUGCACGUGGUGGAAAAUCUGCUGCAGAGGCAGGUGCUGCAUGUGCCCUACACGCUGGAGUAUGUGCAGUACAUGCCCCUGCUCAACCUCCGGCCCUUUGCCUGCCCCCUCCAGCUCUCUGUGCUCUUCUUGCGUGGCUUCCAGCUCCUCUGCAGCUCCAGCUGUUCCACCUGGCUGCCGGCAGAGGCUUGGCUCCACGUGGUCCAGCUCUACUGUGGUAGCCUCACAGACCUGCUGGGCUCAGUCAAGAGCACUGCAGGGCCCCCCUCACCGUCUGCUGAGGACAGAAACUUCACGCAGGAGGUGGCCUUCAUCUGCAUUCAAAUGUUCUGUCACCUGCUGCAUGUUGCCACCAUGCUGCCGGACACGGGGUGUGGCGAGCCGCUGGUGGUGGUGGCCUUGGAGAUCCUCUCACAGUAUGAGAUGUUCAGCAGCGCUGAUACAGCCCCCAGCAACGUGCUGCGGAGAGCCAAUGAGAGACACUUCUUGGAGUCCAUCACAGACAACGUGGGCGACAAGGAGCUGCGCAGCACCCUCCUGCAGAAGCUCAGCAAGCUGGGAGCCCACUCGGCUGGAGAGCUGGCUUGAGAAGGUG